UGGGAUAAAAAGGUAUAUAGGCAUUAUGGUGGUAGAGCAGUAUAUUGCAGAUUGCAUCGCACUCUACACAGGGACUUUGAACGAGAAGGGAAGCCAUCUUUAUUUCUUCUACGAUUCUAUUCCAUCAUGGAUUUCGUGGUAAUACCGUAUUUUUUAGUAUUAACGUCGUUCGGAUCAGUGAUCAAUGAAACCGACAAUUGGAAAAUAAAUGGCAGCUAUUAUCAACCGGAAUACACUUAUUUCGUCAACAUGAAUUACGAAGCAUCUGCGGAAAAAAAUCAACCGGCAAUUUACAAUUUGAAUUUAACGUCGGUCAUGAAGUGCCAAGCGAAAAACACGAAUAUCCUUACGUGUUCUUUGGAAAAAAAAAGAUCUAUAUUGGAUUUGAAACACGACACGUAUUUCGAUCGAAUACAAACAACCAAAGAAAUGUUCGAAAUACAUUUCAAUAAAUAUGGAGUCGAUAGCAUUCGUGUGUCCACGAAAAUCGACGAAAGUGAAUACGGCUUGAUCAAAUUGAUCGUUAGCCAAUUGAAUAUUGGUACGGAUUUAAGAUCACAUAGAUCGUCAGUGUUUUUUAUGGAUAAAGAAAAUUCUACGACCGGUAGAUGCGAUACACUAUUUACGGUAGCCCAAUUCCCAUGCAAAGAGAACAAUUUUACUAUAACUGAUUACGACGAAAAUUACAAAAUUCGUACGAUUUUCGACGAUUUCUUGGGCGACACGAUCAUUUUGAGAAAAAGAAGAAACGUAAGAAAAUGCGAGAGAUCUCCUCGAGUCUCAUCGAUCGAGAUCAAUAAUACGGUUAAUUUAACGGUGGCAUCAUCGUACAGUGAGAUACAUUUUUGCGGAAACUCCUUCGAAAGUUCUACCAUAAUCGAAGGUAAAUCGUUGAUUAUCGAUCACGAUCCACAUACUUCCGUUUUCCGGCAAGUGAUCAAUGUACGUUUGGAGAAGAUCGGAAAGAGCGUAGAAGAUCUAUCACUUCCUACCGACAUUGCGACCGAUAUUAUUUAUUUACAUAAAAAUGUUGAAUCCAAUCAUUUCGAUAUGUAAUUAUUAUUAAUUAGAAAAAUUCGUUUCUUUUUUCUUUUUGCGAAUAGAAAUAACACAUUGAUAUGCAGCAAAAAAAACAAAAAAAAAAAAA